UCGAGUACCUGAUCCUCUCUACCAUUAUUGCCAACUGCAUCGUUCUGGCCCUCGAGCAGCAUCUUCCAGCUAUGGACAAGACGCCCAUGUCUGAACGCCUGGACGACACGGAACCCUACUUUAUCGGGAUAUUCUGUUUCGAGGCCAGCAUUAAAAUCAUCGCCCUGGGCUUCGUCUUUCACAAAGACUCGUACCUACGCAAUGGCUGGAAUGUAAUGGACUUUGUGGUCGUUCUGACGGGGAUCUUAACCACUUUGGGCUCACAGUUUGACUUGAGGACACUGCGGGCCGUUCGAGUGCUGAGACCCCUCAAACUGGUGUCAGGAAUUCCAAGUCUUCAAGUAGUAUUGAAGUCUAUAAUGAAGGCGAUGGUUCCUCUUCUUCAGAUUGGUCUGCUGCUCUUCUUUGCCAUUGUCAUGUUUGCUAUCAUUGGUGUGGAGUUUUACAUGGGGAAGUUCCACUUCACUUGCUUUAAAAUUGAGACAGGAGAACGGGAUGGUGAUUAUCCAUGUGGUACAGAGUCUCCUGCAAGAACGUGUCCCAAUGACACCGAGUGCACGGGGUAUUGGAAAGGACCCAACUUUGGCAUCACAAACUUUGAUAACAUCCUUUUCGCCAUCCUCACAGUCUUCCAGUGCAUCACCAUGGAAGGAUGGACUGAUGUGCUUUAUCAUACCAAUGAUGCCUCGGGGAACACCUGGAACUGGUUGUACUUUAUCCCUCUCAUCAUCAUCGGCUCAUUCUUCAUGCUUAACCUCGUCCUGGGUGUCUUAUCAGGGGAAUUUGCCAAAGAGAGAGAACGGGUGGAGAAGCGUCAGGAGUUCUUGAAGCUCCGCAGACAGCAGCAGAUUGAGAGAGAGCUUACUGGAUACCUGGAGUGGAUCUGCAAAGCAGAGGAGGUAUUGCUGGCUGAAGAGGACCAGAAUGCUGAGGAGAAAUCUCCUCUGGAUGUCCUGAAAAGAGCUAAGACCAGGAAGGGUAGAAAUGACCUCAUCGGUGCAGAGGAAGGAGAGGAACAUUUCACAGACAUAUCGUCCGUCGCGCCCCCUGGAUCACCUUUUGCCAGAGCUAGCCUGAAGAGCAGUAAAAAUGACAGCUCAUCGUACUUCCGUCGUAAGGAAAAGAGGGUGCGCUUCUUCAUUCGAAGAAUGGUUAAAGCACAAAGUUUCUACUGGAUCGUUCUGUGUUUGGUGGGACUGAAUACAUUGUGUGUGGCCAUUGUUCAUUACGACCAGCCCGAGUGGCUCACCCAAGCCCUGUACCUGGCAGAGUUUGUUUUCCUGGGUCUGUUUCUGACAGAAAUGACCCUGAAGAUGUACGGCCUGGGGCCCCGAAACUACUUUCACUCCUCAUUCAACGGUUUUGACUUUGGGGUGAUUGUGGGGAGUAUUUUUGAGGUAGUGUGGGCAGCGAUUCAGCCCGGUGCGUCUUUUGGGAUCAGUGUUCUGAGAGCCCUUCGUCUGCUCCGUAUUUUUAAAGUCACCAAAUAUUGGAACUCUCUGAGGAAUCUUGUUGUUUCUCUGUUGAACUCAAUGAAGUCCAUCAUCAGCUUGCUCUUCCUCCUCUUCCUCUUCAUCGUGGUGUUCGCCCUGCUGGGCAUGCAGCUCUUCGGAGGCCAGUUUAAUUUUGAAGAUGAAACACCCACUACAAACUUUGACAGCUUCCCUGCAGCUAUAAUGACAGUCUUCCAGAUUUUGACGGGAGAGGAUUGGAACGCAGUGAUGUAUCAUGGGAUUGAGUCUCAGGGUGGCGUCCGGACUGGAAUGUUCUCUUCUGUCUACUUCAUAGUGCUUACGCUUUUUGGAAACUACACGCUUCUCAAUGUAUUUUUGGCUAUCGCCGUGGAUAACCUUGCCAAUGCGCAGGAGCUGACAAAGGAUGAAGAGGAGCAAGAGGAGGCAGCGAAGAAGAGCAUUGCACUUCAGAAAGCCAUGGAGGUGAAGGAGGUCAGUCCCAUGUCUGCGGCCAACAUCUCGAUAGCAGCUUUUGUAAAGCAAAAUCGAGAUGAAAUCUCUCGUAGAUCUUCAGUCUGCAGCGUUCAUUCACUUAUAGAACAACAGAGGUCCCUUCAGAAGAUGUCCAUAUGGGAGCAGCGCACCAAUCAGCUGCGCAGACACAACGUGCGCAGCAGCAGCGAGGCCCUCUACAACGAGUUAGAGCCUGAAGAGCGCCUGCGCGUGUCUUCGGCUCUGCAUCUGCGACCCGACAUGAAGACCCACCAUGAUCGCCCGCUGGUGGUGGAGCAUCGAGAUAGCACCCAGGACGAUCCUAAACUCUUAGAGGGAAAGAGGGCAGAGGGAGAUCCAGACACAUUAGAGUUUCAAACCUCCUCCGCCCACCCACGGAAAUACCACCGAUGUCGAGGAGAGAACGGAGAUGCCGGCGACGGACGACACCACAGGCACCACAGCCGAAACCGAGACCUCCGUGGGGGUCUGGAGCGCACGGCCAGUCAGGACGGGGGACACAGGUAUCAUCACUCACCUGGAUCUCCUGAGGAGGGCAGAGAGGUGGAGGAGAGAGAAAAUAGACACCACCGCUCAAGGAGGUCUAAUGGGAACGGGAAUGGCACGAUUGGUAAUGGAGGCAGGGUACGUGGGCACAGAGAAGGUGAAGUAAAUAAUGGAGAGAGGAGGAAACAUCGCCAACGUGUGAAAGCUCAGUCCACGCUGGAUGGAGAGGAAUUCAGGGAGAAUGAAGGCAGAGGAUACAGGGCCAGACCAACAGAAACGGGGGACAACAGUUUAGCCACCAGCCCCAAUCAGUCCCCUACUGAAGACAAGCCAGAAAACACAGACAAUCUGAAAAACAACACCAGAGUCGGUCUAACCGGAGUCAAUAUCCCCGUUACCAUAACUGCCCCACCAGGAGAGACCGCCAUCAUUCCCAUGAACGACAUUGAUGGUGACAGCAACCCACUGAACGAAGAAAAGAAAGAUCUUGAUGAGCUAAAUCAGGACGCUCCUAAACACAUCCUGCCAUACAGCUCUAUGUUUGUGUUCAGCCCUUCGAACCCUGUGCGACGGCUUUGUCAUUAUGUGGUCAACUUGCGUUACUUUGAGAUGUGUAUUCUCACGGUAAUCACCAUGAGCAGCAUUGCGCUGGCAGCCGAGGACCCUGUGCAUGCCGAUGCCCCCCGCAACAAUGUGCUGAAGUACUUGGACUACGUCUUCACUGGUGUGUUUACAUUUGAGAUGAUUAUAAAGAUGAUCGAUCUCGGGCUCCUGUUGCAUCCUGGAGCUUACUUCAGGGACCUGUGGAACAUACUGGACUUCAUUGUGGUCAGCGGUGCUCUUGUGGCUUUCGCCUGCUCAGGAACCAAAGGAAAGGACAUCAACACCAUCAAGUCCCUCAGAGUACUUCGAGUUCUGAGGCCCUUAAAGACCAUCAAACGUUUACCCAAACUCAAGUCUGUGUUUGACUGCGUGGUGAACUCUCUGAAGAAUGUGCUCAACAUCCUCAUCGUCUACAUCCUCUUCAUGUUCAUCUUCGCCGUCAUCGCCGUGCAGCUUUUCAAAGGGAAGUUCUUUCACUGCACCGACGAGUCCAAAGCCCUGGAGAAAGACUGCAGGGGGCAGUUCCUGGAGUAUGGCAGCGAUGGAAUGGCCAUGACACGGCCACGGGAAUGGAAGAAAUAUGAUUUUCAUUACGACAACGUCCUGUGGGCCUUUCUGACCCUGUUCACCGUAUCUACAGGAGAAGGGUGGCCAUUAGUACUAAAACACUCUGUGGACGCCACGUACGAGGACCAGGGUCCCAGUCCCGGCUACCGCAUGGAAACCUCCAUCUUCUACGUGGUCUACUUCAUCGUCUUUCCUUUCUUUUUUGUCAACAUCUUUGUGGCCUUGAUCAUCAUCACGUUCCAGGAGCAAGGGGAUAAAGCCAUGUCAGAUUGCAGCUUGGAGAAGAACGAGCGAGCUUGUAUCGACUUCGCCAUCAACGCCAAGCCUCUGACCCGCUACAUGCCCCAGGACAAGCAGUCUUUUCAGUACAAGAUGUGGAAGUUUGUAGUGUCCACCCCUUUCGAAUACUCCAUCCUGACCAUGAUUGCCGUCAAUACGGUGGUCCUCAUGAUGAAGUUUUAUGAUGCUCCUAAGCCAUACGAGGACAUGUUAAAGUGGCUGAACACCUUCUUUACAGCUCUCUUUACGCUGGAGUGCGUCUUCAAGGUCAUCGCCUUCGGCCCUCUGAACUAUUUGAAGGAGGCAUGGAACAUUUUUGACUUUGUGACUGUGCUGGGAAGCAUCACGGACAUCUUGGUCACAGAGCUCAAGGACAAGCGGAUUAAUCUGAGUUUCCUGAGACUCUUCCGGGCCGCCCGUCUUAUUAAACUCCUCCGGCAGGGAUACACCAUUCGCAUCCUGCUUUGGACCUUCGUCCAGUCUUUUAAGGCCCUUCCGUAUGUGUGUCUCCUCAUCGCUAUGCUCUUCUUCAUCUACGCCAUCAUCGGGAUGCAGGUGUUUGGUAACAUCGAGCUGUCCGAUGAAUUCGCCAUCAACCAUCACAACAAUUUUCAAACGUUUUUUCAGGCUUUAAUGCUUUUGUUCAGGAGUGCUACAGGGGAGGGCUGGCACGACAUCAUGUUGGCAUGUUUGGGGGACAGACCGUGUGAGAAAGGCUCCGGCUCAAGUGGGAGAGAGUGUGGCAGUGAUUUCGCUUACUUCUACUUUGUCUCUUUCAUCUUCCUCUGUUCAUUUCUGAUGCUGAACUUGUUUGUUGCCGUCAUCAUGGAUAACUUUGAGUACCUGACACGUGACGCUUCUAUUCUCGGGCCUCAUCACCUGGACGAGUUCAUCCGCGUCUGGGGGGAGUACGACCCUGCUGCUUGCGGAAGGCUACGCUAUAUGGAUAUGUACAGUUUGUUGCGCGUAAUCUCGCCCCCUCUUGGCUUAGGAAAGAACUGCCCCAACAGGGUGGCAUAUAAGCGGCUGGUGAGGAUGAACAUGCCGAUAGCCGACGACAACACUGUUCACUUUACCUCCACUCUGAUGGCUCUCAUCCGGACCGCCCUGGAGAUUAAACUGGCAUCAGGCGUUCUGGCUCAGCACCUGUGUGACGCUGAAUUGAGGAAGGAAAUAAAUAAAGUGUGGCCUAACUUAUCUUCAAAAACGGUGGAUUUACUGGUGACACCUCAUAAAUAUAAUGAGUUGACAGUAGGAAAAGUUUAUGCUGCCCUGAUGAUUUUUGACUACUACAAGCAAAACCGUGCCAAGAGGCUCCAACAGCAGCAGCCAACUUCGGGCACACAGAGUAAGGUUGGAGUCCUCUUCAAACCAAUGCUUCCUCUUACACACCUGCAUGAACAGGUGCCACUGAUGCCAAAAGACCCGCCCCCCUGUCAAUCAGUUUCCACUCCACAGCCAGAGCUCACGCCCACAAGCUUUCACAUGACCAAUGGGGAUACAAUACUAUACAGCAGUGCCAUGAAAACGUCUCUCUCGGGGGACUUUCCUCAGGAAGACAUACGGGAAGCAAACAGGCAGUCUGUCCAGCGUGGCCAUUCAGAUGAAGUGCCAAACACAUCCACAUCUCAGGAAUUAUUAGAAAUGACAUAUAUGGAGAAUGACUCUGAUGUGGAUGGUUACCCCGUGAUGGAGGGUCACGGCAGAGCCGCUUCCAUGCCCAGACUUAACGCUGGCUAUCAGCGGAGCCACAUACGCCACACCGCCGGAACGUACCUAGCACCGAUCACAGAUGUGAGUCCCAUGCGGCGGUCUACGUCCUCGUUGACACCUCACAGAGGCGUGCAGGAGGUCAGUUUGUGCGAAUAUGAUCUGGAGAGGCCCGAGGUAGCUAUGGGCCAGAUCCUUGGUCAAGAGAGAGAUGGGGAGAGAGGACGUCACCACCAUCACCACCAUCAUCAUCGCUGUCAGCGACGCAGAGACAAGAAGCACAAAUCACUGGAUCGAGCCAUCAGCGAAGAGCAGCCGUCCACUACAGCAGAUCCAAAUUUCGAAUCGUUGCCUAGGGAAAGAGCACGAGAGCGAGACCGUGGGCGCUCACAUGAGAGGAAGCAUCAUUCGUCCUCAGCGGUGGAGAGAAAGCAGCGAUACUAUUCGUGCGAUCGCUACGGCAACCAUGAACACAGCCACAGCCUGUCAGCCGGACCCAGUAGGUCCACAUCACCGGGAGAACCACACGACAGGCUCAAACAGGGAAGUAGCACAGCUAAAGGAAGUUCAAUGGUCCAUACCUCAGGCACCAGCACACCCAGCCGUGGGCGUAGACAGCUACCCCAGACGCCCCUCACCCCGCGGCCUGCCGUUGCCUACAAGACUGCCAACUCCUCCCCGGUCCAGCUCAACACUGCCCAGUCUACAUCACCCUGCCCUGCUCGCCUUAGUCGUGGCCUUUCGGAACACGACACCCUACUCAGCGGAAAUGCCUACCGCCAAUCCCCCGUGCCAGUCACUCGUAUCGGCUCCGACCCCAGUUUAGGCCCCUUUCAACAGGACUCGCACUUCUCCGAUGCCGAAGACUUCCAGGAUGCCUUGAGCACGUACGGCACGGGCCGUUCCCCUAGGACCUAUGCGGCAUCAGGCUCCAUGCUACUCUCGCGCAGCCAGAGCGGCGUGCCCAACGGGUAUCACUACUCCCUUGGAGUGAGCGCAGCCUCCGGAUCCAGCGGGAGAGCUUCCGGAAGCUAUCAGGAGAAAGAAAGAGAUGACUGGUGUUAGCAUGAUCUUAUUUACUGUAGAAUGAGCUUUGGCCAUCAAGAGGUGUGAGCAGUUAAGCCUGCGAGAGGAGAAAAUCCGACAACAGUUUACACACUUUUACCCGUUUAAUAUCAAAUUUAAUGUAAAUGGUUUGGAAAGGUGUUCUCUGAAAUUCUUGAUGCGUUUUAAACAUUGUUGAAAGAAAUAAUUUGUUUAGCAUCAAAUUAAACUCCUCGCCUCUUUUAGUCUCGAUUUUACAAAGGUCGAGUGCAUGGAGACGUUCACAUCACAGAUGUUCCUGUGAUCAAACCUCAGACCUCAGUGAAGGACGUCGAGAAACGCAAGCUGUGGAGAAAACCUGCCUACGCUGGUUCUCCAAAGUGAAAAUCAGCUCUAUGUGUUCAGUUGAUUAUUUAGCUUGUUUCGAUUUUUGCACAGGACACAAUGACUGAAAAGCUAUUUCUAGGAAUUUAAGGGUGUUCUGCUGCUCUGAGUUGUUAGUGGAAUACACAAAAAAAUGAAAAAGGGCCGGAUCGGCCUCGGACUUACGCAGAAUGAAUAUCUUUUCUCAGUGUUCCAUUUUCUACCUAUAAAUUUAAAUGAUCUGAGUGUAGCUAGACAUUACGUAAGGUCUAAUCUUUAUCUUACUCUCGAGAGAUAAGAUACCAAGUGCCUAAACUUAGAGAUUUAUUGCCAAUGCUGUAUGCUGUAGGUUAACGUCACUCAUAUUUGUUUCUUAUUGUAUUUCAGCAUGUGUUUGAUGGAAGAGAUUUUUGGCUUUGCACAAAACAGAGACCGUAGCGUUAUACCAAUUUAGAUGGAUGCGGAUGAUGUUGGUCUUUUAAGAGUAUUAUGAUGAUGCAGGAGAAGAUAGAUGAUAUAAGGUUUAUUGAAUAUGAGUCAUGAAAUUGAUUCAUAGGGGUCUGAAUAAGUACUGUAAAUGACGUCAGAAGGUAAAACUUCUUGCUUGCUGUUAAUGUCAGUGUUGUUUUCCAGAGACUUUGUUGUGAGGUUAGAGAGAGUCCAGUAUUUAUGAAGGUGAGAGGUAUUGGAUAGCAGUCCUCUUGUAAGGAGAAUUUUAUAAAGGUCAAUGCACAGUCUUUUGUUUCCCACAAAAUAUUUAUUUCAAGUAGACCUUUUCAACAAAGAGAAUGUUGCAUUCUCCUACUAUUGUAAUGUUUUUGUUGAGUCAAAAUCAAGGUUAAAUUAUAAAUGGCCACAUUAUUAUGGUUUUUGAGUCUCUAAUUGACCCUUGGCCAAACCCCGCCUUAAAAUGUUACUGCCCGAUCCUAGCGUACCUUAAUAAGUGUUGCCAAUGUAUUUUCAAAGUUUUUGCCUGUUUUUAAUGCAAGGCUAUACAAAUCCUGUGUGCUGAUAUUGUUUAAAUUGAAUAUGUCCCAAAAUAUGGUUGAAGGUUGUCUAGGAACCAGACAAGACGUGUUAUUUUCCCACUUUUCCAAAUCUUAAAAUAAAUCUUGAUUAUGUAUAUGCUGCUGAUGAUAUAAGAUUCGUACAGGCAUCUACGUCUACAUUAAUUUAUUGACAAUUUAAUGAAGUCUGUAAGUGCAGGGAAAUGUUAACUGUUGACGUACAGUAGGGCUAUGCAACAAAAUGACACUUUAAGACUGCUCCUCAUUCCGUAUUUUUCCUGCACUCCAGAUUUCAACUUCUCAAGUGGGACCAAUUCUUCACUUCACAGAGAUCUAAUGAUGUGUAGCUCAAAUAUGAAAAACGGGAACACCUAAUUGUGCUACAUCUGCCCUUAUAAAAUUGAUGAAAUAAAUUGUAUUUGUAUUGGUUGCACUAGAAGGUAAAUGUUAUUCUAAUCGUUUGCAGCCUGUAAGGAUUUUUUACAGUUUGUGAUGUCACAGUGAACAGCCUUUUGGCCUGUGUUUUCUUUUUUCGCGAUGGAGACGAGUGAUGUGCACCCAAUAGAUCGUUGACUGUCCUUUAAUUGAAUUGAAUUUAUAAUGCCAUGUGCCAAAUUUAUUACAGCACUAGUUUGUCUCAUGCUGUACUGAUUUGUGGCUAAUCUUCUUGGAUGAUGUCAUGUUUGCAUGUUAUGAUGACAUACAGUAUGUGCAUGUAGGAAAUUGUACACCUUCGUCCAUGUUUUUCUAUGAGGAGUAAAUUGGCUGUUGGUUUUUUAGAAAUACAAUUUUGAUACACUUUCCCCCGGAUUUCUGGGAGAAAACUGGAAGGCCCUUCUCUUCACAGUUUGUGGUAAAUGUCUUGUUGGACACUAUGGAGCGACGCACUGGAACCGACUGCCUCACUCCUGUGAUCUGUUUAUUGAUCCGUGAUGCCAUAUUUCUGCUCAUUGAAUUAGUCUUAUUUUUAUCAUUUACAAUUUGUAUGAAAAGGUAUUACUGAAUUGAGACACAUGUGGAAAUAAAA